AUGGGCCAAGGUUUCUCUCUAGCGACGCCCUCCGCGGGCUCUGCGGGUAUAGAUAUACCCGAGCUCUCCGACCUCGUGUACGAGAAGAGUAUCGGAAAUGCGCGCUUCAUGAAGAGCAUACGCGCGAGGCAUCACGAUGGAGUAGCUCUUGUCAAGGUCCUAGUCAAGCCGUACACCUCGAUGCCUCUGGGGAAGUACAAACGCGACAUAGAGAAACAACGUAGCGGCCUGGCCGAUGUGCCCAAUGCGCUGGGCUUCCACCGGAUCGUCGAGACCGAAACGAAUGGCUACCUAGUCCGACAGUUCCUCUACAACUCCCUCUACGAUCGCAUGAGUACCCGUCCAUUCCUGGAGGACAUCGAGAAGAAAUGGCUUGCUUUCCAGCUGCUGUGCGCCCUGCGUGACUGCCAUGCCCGAGACAUUUAUCACGGCGACAUCAAGACGGAGAACACGCUAGUGACAUCUUGGAACUGGCUAUACCUCUCCGACUUCUCUGCUCCUUUCAAGCCCAUACUGCUGCCCGAUGACAAUCCAGGCGACUUCUCGUACUACUUUGACACAUCCGGACGGCGAACCUGUUAUGUGGCGCCUGAACGCUUCGUCGCAGCGGAGGAGGUUAACAGCAAGGACGCGAAGCUUACGUGGGCUAUGGAUGUUUUCAGUGCCGGCUGCGUCAUUGCUGAGAUGUUCCUGGAGUCGCCCAUUUUCACACUUAGUUCGUUGUACAAGUUCCGCAAGGGCGAGUAUGACCCAGUCAUUUCGCAAAUCAGUCGUAUUCCGGACAAGGACUUGCGGGAUAUGAUAUCGCACAUGAUUCAGCUUGACCCCGAACGUCGGUACUCUGCAGAGCAAUACUUGGAUUUCUGGAAGAAGAAGGUCUUUCCCGAGUACUUCUACAACUUCCUCCACCAGUACAUGGAGUUGAUUACGGAUCCCUCAUCUGGGAACAGUCCUAUAUCUGGUGCGACGAGGAACUUGGGAGAAGCGGACGACCGUAUCGACCGCGUAUUCCUCGAUUUUGACAAAAUAUCUUACUUUCUCGGUUAUCCAAACGACAAACGCCCAAUGCAAGCCGAGCCCCUGGCCGGAAAGCUGGGGUUGGGCCACUUUCCUGUUCGCCUCAACAUACCAAACCAUGAACAGUACAUCACCGGGUCGUCCGACCCGCCAGAAGAUGACGGGACUUUGAUCUUCCUCACGCUGAUUGUCUCAUCCCUCCGUAAUACGGCUAGGGCGGCGUCGAAGAUCAGAGCCUGUGAUGUGUUGCUCGCCUUUUCCGAGAGAAUCACGGACGAAGCUAAACUAGACCGCGUGUUGCCAUACCUUAUGACGCUUCUUAAUGAUAAUUCGGAACUUGUGGUUAUCGCAGCGCUCCGGUCCAUAUCUCAAUUGUUACACCUAGUCCGAGUGGUGUCUCCCGUCAACUCGCACAUCUUUGUCGAGUACAUCUUACCUCGACUUCAAAGUGCCUUGAUUGCACCAUCGAAACCAGCCAGCCCACUGGUACGAGCAACCUAUGCAUCUUGUAUCGGAAGCCUUGCGACCACAGCUGCUCGCUACUUGGAGCUCGCGGCAACCCUCAAGUCGGAUGGAACCCUGACGGUAGCUGAUCCUGAGCUCGAGCCAGGCAUCGAAGCGGAGGCUGCCUUCGAUGGGCUAUUCGACGACGCACAACGCGAACUCUACGAAAUGUUUGAGCUCCAUACGAAGGCACUCGUGGAAGAUUCGGAUGUUUCUGUUCGCAGGGCGUUCUUGACUUCUGUGCCCGAUUUGUGCCUCUUCUUUGGUCCCGCAGAGGCAAACGACAUUCUUCUAACCCAUUUGAACACCUACUUAAACGACCGAGACUGGAUGCUAAAGUGUGCCUUUUUGGAAACCAUCGUCAGUAUAGCCAGCGUGGUGGGAAGCGUCAGCCUCGAGGAGUUCAUGCUGCCGCUCAUGGUGCAGGCCUUUACCGAUCCAGAGGAGUUUGUGGUACAAGCAGCCCUGCAUUCUUUGGCACAGCUGGCACGGCUGGGCCUCCUUUCCAAAACCAAGAUUUGGGAGCUUAUUGACGUUGUUGCACGAUUUACGAUGCACCCCAACCAAUGGAUCCGAGAAUCUGCGACGGAGUUCUUGUCUGAGACAACUCGUUUCUUGUCUCCAGCAGACGUCAGGUGCAUCGUGUAUCCCCUAGUCAAGCAAUACCUCAAGACUGGAAUGGUUCCUGCGUUUUCAGAGCUCAGUCUGUUGGACGCUUUGAAACGGCCAAUGUCGAGAGCCGUAUUUGAUCAGGCCCUAGUCUGGGCUCUCAAGACCGACAAAGGCGUCUUCUGGAAGCUGACGCAGCAGCUCAGGUCAUUUUCGUUUGGAUCGCUUCCCAAGACUAUCAGCAGUCGGUCGUCUAAGGAUACACUGAGCAAAGUCUCGCGGAACGAUGAAGACGAGUUAUGGCUUGGCCGCCUUCGGAACCUUGGCCUUGGGCCGGACGACGAGUUCAAACUCCUCGUCUUGCGAGAAUUCAUUUGGCGAAUCAGCAAAAUGAAGUCGCGAGAUGGCAUGGACGGCGAACCGGCCAAGCUCAACGAAGUGAUCUCCUUGAAGAGUCUCGGCAUCACGCCGCAGACAGUAUUCUUUGACGAGGAGCCACUGCAACAGUCCACAUUUACCCCCGAGUCAAAUCAGAAGGGCCCGUACACCAUUGCUGAUGCUCUUCUGGAUGCCUCCAUGACAAUCGAUGACUCGACAGGAAGGAGACGAUUUGCAGCUCUCAACAGUCUCCGGACUCGCGUGGUGGAAGACCACGGGUCUACUUCGCGUGACGUUUCUCGUGUGAGAGAGAUCGAUCCUGCGAGACGCGCAUCGACUGGGCAGGGUAAGCUCACGGUCGGGAGCCCGACGGACGAUGGGGCCUCUAUCCAUGAUCAGCCUUACGCAACUCGGAGGGCCAUUCGCCACCAGGCCAGCGCUCUUAGUCUUCUGGACCGCAAAGACAGCAAUAAGAGCGUGCCGGAGACUGGCAUGUCGGGAGCGAAUGCUGUUGGCCAAGUGGAGGGUCCGUUUGCUCCUACUCCUCUUGCUCGACCAAAUCUACAGGACCGUCCAACCAGCACUGCGAGUGUCGUGGCGAAACUAAGGCCCAAUCACUCCUAUGAGGGAACCGACCCCAGCAUUCUCAAAAUGCUCGACUCCAUGUACCAGGACAACUAUCCUCACGAUAUCGCCGAGUUCGGACCGAUGGUUACCCCUAUCACACGUCGGAAAACGAAUCGCUCAGUGGGACAGCCAGGCGACGAGCCGUGGCGUCCACAGGGACGCAUGGUUGCCACGUUUGCUGAACACACCGGCUCAAUCAACCGUCUGGUGGUGUCUCCAGACCAUGUGUUCUUCAUCACAGGAGGCGAUGAUGGCUCCGUCAGAGUCUGGGAUAGUGCGCGCCUAGAGAAGAACAUUACGCACCGAUCAAGGCAAAGCCAUAAGCAUGCCGAUGGCGCUAGGGUGCUUGCGCUGUGCUUCAUUGAGAACACACACUGCUUCAUCAGCUGCGCCAGCGAUGGAAGCGUUCACAUUGUCAAGGUCGAGACCGUCUCGGCAAGUGGCACAUUGCGAUACGGGAAACUUCGUCUUCUCCGGGAGUAUCAGCUUCCAGAAGACGAGUACGCAGUGUGGUGCGAGCACUUCAAAGUGGAAUCCACCUCGGUGAUGCUCCUUGCGACGAAUCGCUCCAGGAUUCUCGGCAUCGACCUGCGGACCAUGUCACUGCUGUAUACGCUGGAGAACCCUGUGCACCAUGGUACACCUACGUGUUUCUGUGUCGAUCGUAAGAGAAACUGGUUAUGCGUAGGAACUACUCAUGGAGUCAUAGACCUUUGGGACCUAAGGUUCCGAAUGAGACUCAAGGGUUGGGGCGUUCCUGGCAAGAGUUCCAUCUACAGACUAUGCAUACACCCGAGCAAGGGCAGAGGCAAAUGGGUCUGCGUCGCUGGUGGAACGGGUCAGGGCGAAGUCACCGUCUGGGACCUAGAGCGUACAAUCUGCAGAGAGAUUUACCGCGUUGGGGGCAAUAAGGAGGGCCCGAAGGGAUACGAGGCUUGGGAAGUGGACGAGGACAAGCCUGAAGGUAUGCUUGGGCGAUUUGCUACCAACAUUGAGCCUAGCGGUACCGGAAACGCGGACCGAGGUGUUCGUGCGAUGGUAGCAGGCACAGGCGCCUCAGAGGACUCACGCGACGUACGGCAUGCUUUCAUCGUCACCGCGGGAUCGGACAAGAAGUUACGAUUCUGGGACUUGUCUCGCAUAGAAAGUUCGGUGGUCUACAGCGGGCUGCAAGGGGAGGAUCCGAAGCCGACGUUCACGGCCUCCCAUCCGACGACGGCCAUGACGCUGAACACGGAAAGGAUCCCGCGACAAGCGCCGACGGCUCCGAACGCGGCGGUCAGCGGAAAGAGCACGGCGGCUGGUGGGCGACCGCCGCGCUCGACUGUGAUUUCACUUCAGCAGCAGCAGCUUCUGCGGUCUCACUUGGAUUCCAUUAUGGAUGUUGCGCUGAUUGAGCUCCCGUAUAGCAUGACGCUGUCGGUGGAUCGAUCUGGCGUGGUGUUCUUCAUUGAUGAAAUAUUAUCUGACGAAUACAAUAUCAUGUCUAUUCAACUUAAUACCUUUGGAAUGAGACAUGCUUUGGUUGAAAGGUGCGGAAGACACAACACACAGUACGAAAUCGCGGGGAUGGCAGCUCUAAUCAGGCGGGAAAUUUUGGGCGCCUUGUUCGACCGCCAACUUUUCAGCCUCGUCGAAUCGUCCACCCAGUAUUAUACCCACGCGACCAACCCCAAGACGCGACAACGAAAAACGAAUUGCGGCGGCACCACUGACCGACGACGCAGCUCGACGAACAAAUCCGAGUCGCAUCACCACUGA